AUGUUAAAGCAAGUGACAUUUGAGAAAGUUAUACACAUUAUUUGGUUCAGUGUAGCUUUAACUUUUUGCUGGCCACUUCCUGCCAAUAGUACCAAAAAUCAAGUGUUUGUUUUCAGAAUUUUACAAAUAAUUAGUAUUAUUAAUGCUUUUAUGCUGAUUCUGCCGUUGUUGUAUUCUAUCUAUUUGCAUUUUAAUGAUAUUGCCAUUGUCUUUCAAUCUCUUUCUAUAUUAGUAGGUUUGUCUCAAAUGAUUAUUCAAACUGUUAUAUUAUGCUUUGUUAAAUACAACUCUCUGCAACGUGUAAUCGAGGAAAUGAUAACCUGCGUCAAAGAAGCACAGCAAUACGAAAGGAAAAUUUUCUGCAAAUAUAUCGACAAGUGCAACAUAUUUUACGGAAGUUCUUUAAUAUUCACAUACAUGGUUGUAAUUGUUUACAUAAUGGGACCUAUAGUCUUGCCAGCACCUUUUCCAAUAGAUACCGAAUACCCGUUUCACGUUAACUACACGAUAACAAGGAUCAUCAUAUAUUUGCAACAAUCUUUACUUAUCGUUCAAUGCGCUGGACAUGUAUGCUUGAGCGUAUUUGGCGCGCUUUUGCUCUGGUUCACGGCCGCGAGAUUCGAAUGUUUGAUCGUGGAAUUGCAAAAAAUCACGAAUAUUGGUAUGCUGAUUAUUUGCAUAGAAAAACAAUUACGUUUAAGGAGAUACGCAAGGAACGUGGUGAAUAGUUUUCGCUUUAUGAUUGUUUAUGCGAUCGGUGUAAGUACAUUUGCUCUGACUCUAUACGGUAUUAUAAUGAUAGUGAAGGCACCGCUAAUCAUGAAAAUAGAGGCUAUAACUUUGAGUUUUGUUUUACUCCUACAAAUUUAUAUAUACGCGUGGCCUGCUGAUUACAUGAAGGACAUGAGUAUAAACGUUUCAAAAAGUGUGUACAACAUAAUAUGGUAUAAACAGACAUUGAGAAUGCAAAAGAAUCUGUUAAACGUGUUGGUGUAUCAGCAGCCGAUAAUUUUUUCUAUUAGUUGUAUAUUGCCAGAGCUUUCGUUACGUUAUUUUUGCUCGUACGUAUCCAAUAUUUUCUCUAUCUUCACAGCUGUACGUGUCAUCAUAGAAGACGAUCAAUUAGAUCCAUUAAGUUUGUCUCAAAUGAUUAUACAAACUGCUAUAUGCUUCGUUAAAUACGACUCUCUGCAACGUGUAAUCGAAGAAAUGAUAACAUAUGUGAAAGAAGCCCAGCAGUACGAAAGGAAAAUUUUCCACAAGUAUAUCGAGAAGUGUCACAUAUUUUACGGAUGUUCUAUAAUAUGUAUGUACCUGACUGGAGUUGCUUUCAUAAUAGGGCCUGCAUUCUCGCCGGCUUCCUUCCCAGCAGAUGCGGAAUAUCCGUUUCAAAUUAAUUAUAAACCAGUAAAAGUUAUCAUAUAUUUGCAACAGACUUUAGUUGGUUUUCAAUGCACUGCACAUAUAUGCUUAAGCGUGUUUGGCGCGCUUUUACUUUGGUUCACGGCCGCGAGAUUCGAAUGCUUGGCCGUGGAAUUGAAAAAAAUCACUAAUAUUGGUAUGCUGAUUGUUUGCGUUAAAAAACAGUUGCAUGUAAGGAGAUAUGCAAAAAGAGUGGUAAUUAGCUUUCGCUUUAUAAUACUUUGUGCCAUAGGAGUAAGUACAUUUGCUUUGACUUUAGGUGGAGUUAUAAUGAUAAAAAAAGCACCAUUUAUUGUGAAAGUACAGUUCAUAACUUUGAUUUUGACUCUACUCACAGAAAUUUAUAUGUAUACGUGGCCUGCUGAUCACAUGAAAGAUAUGAGCAUGAAUGUUUCACAAAGUGUAUACAACAUAACAUGGUAUAAACAGACAUUGAGAAUGCAGAAGGAUCUGUUAAACGUAUUAAUGUAUCAACAACCGAUAAUCCUUUCUAUUAACUGUAUAUUGCCAGAGCUUACAUUGCAUUAUUAUUGCUCGUAUCUAUCCAAUGCUUUCUCUAUCUUCACAGCUAUACGUGUCAUCAUAGAAGAUGAUCCAUCAUAAAUUUAACAUUUUUCUAUUUACCUAAUUGUUAAAAUAUUAAACGAGAUUUUUAUGCAAAUAAUAUAUUUAAGUAUUUAUUUAAUAAUUGGUUUUUUUUGAUGCACUGGAAAAUAAAAAUAACAUCUGGUAAAAAAAAAAAAAAAACUGGAAAUAUCUCGAUUUUAAUCUUAAUAAUAGAUUAUCAAGUGGCAGAAACAGAGAAUUGAAUUAUCGCAUAAUUUUUAUCACUAUAUUUACUAUUCCAUAUCAUUAUAUUAAAAUAUUAUAUUUUA